GGAGAAAAAUGGCGGAGAGGAGCUGUGGAGGCUGCAUCGGUUGAGCUGUUGGCAGUUAAAACAACAACAGAAGGGCACACAGUCACCGGGGAAGGGGGCCGGAGUGUAGGCAGGACUCUGCCGCAUGAGAGGGGCGAGCUUAAUCUCUGAACCGGCGGAACAUUUCAUUUACUUUUUAUCCUCGAAGCGAGAGAGAGAACCGAGCGGGGAGCCACGAAAACAAGUCGGACAUGAACGGGGAGAUCGUAUGCAACAGCCGUUCAGUCACUGUCUUAAGCUGCACCAAGUCCAUAUCACCAGUUCACGAUGAAAUCAAGCUGACACAGGAGGGAAGGUGCUCUCCAAUAUGCUUCCAGCAAAAUGAUGUUCAGAGGCAGGGAGAGGGCAGGAGAACAAACGUCAUCAGCACAACACCAAAAGACUCAAAGAGUGAUUUCCCGGCGAUGGAGAGCAGCUACAGCCAGUGUUCACCCUGCUGGUCAGAUGAACAGCCGUCACCUCCGCAGCUCCAUUGCGCUCCGACCUGCCUUCGCUCCCCCGCCGAGCUCCCCCUGCCUCUGGGGAACAGCCUGACUCACGCUCCCCUCCACGCCAACAACAGCAGCACGCUCCACAGCCUCCAGAGGAGAGGAGUCCGCCUCAAGGUCAAAGGAAAGAAGUCCACGCUGAGAAUUGCAGGCGGGAAAAACUCUCAGAAUCGAAAAGUUACUGACUACUAUCCAAUAAGACGAAGCUCGAGAAAAAGUAUAACGGAGCUAAAGUGUGAAGAGAAGAAGCUCAUCGAUGACCUCAUCACAAAGGGAAUAGAAGAAGGAAUGGAGGUGCAGCAUAUAGAAGGAAAGGGCCGAGCCAUCUUUGCCACUCGGUGUUUCCAGAAAGGCGAGUACGUGGUGGAGUACCACGGAGACCUGCUGCAGAUCACCGACGCCAAACAGAGGGAGGCUGAAUACGCUCAGAACCCCGCCACCGGCUGCUACAUGUACUACUUCCAGUACCUCUGCAAAACUUACUGUGUGGACGCCACUAAAGAGUCUGGUCGGAUGGGUCGGUUGAUCAAUCACAGUAAAACCGGAAACUGCCAAACCAAACUCCACGACAUCAACGGGGUCCCUCAUCUCAUCCUCGUGGCUUCUCGGGACAUCGAGGAGGGCGAGGAGCUGCUCUACGACUACGGAGACCGCAGUAAAGCCUCCAUCGCUGCUCACCCCUGGCUCAAGUACUGAUCCUCGGGAGGGCGGCGGAAAAAAAACACAAAAACAAAAAAAAAAACAAAAGAAAAGAAAAGGGAAACGUCCUUGUGUUUCUCAUUAGCUAGUGUACAAAAUGCCUUAGAAACAGAAUGUGUUCCCUUUUUGUUCCGAUA